AAUGGCUUCUUCUCUUAAAUCUGCAAUUGGUUUUCUUCAGCUGAAGAAGCCUCAAAGCCCAUUGCUUUUCCGUUCUCCGGCUCAAAAGUCCACCCUUUCAUUCAAGAAAUUUACUCCAAUGGCUUCUCUGACCACCACCAACACCAGCGUCGGCCUCUCCAAAACUUUCAUCAAACUGAAGGAGCAAGGCAAGGUUGCAUUAAUCCCUUACACUACUGCCGGUGAUCCUGAUCUAUCAGUCACCGCAGAAGCAUUGAAGGUCCUAGAUUCUUGUGGAUCGAACAUAAUUGAAUUAGGCGUGCCAUACUCUGAUCCAUUAGUAGCUGGGCUAGUUAUACAGACUGUAGCCACUCGUGCCUUGGCAAGAGGGACCAAUUUGAAUUCAAUCCUGGCAAUGUUGAAGGAGAACAAUGCAAAGCUGUCAGAUUUUGGCUUGGCCAAGGAUGGGCCAACAGGUGAUAAAAGCCACGUCUCUACUAGGGUGACGGACACAUAUAGAUAUGCAGCCCCAGAAUAUCUAGCCACAUCACAUACUGAUUUGCUACCCCAUUUGAUUGUCCAACUUGCAGGGUUAUUCCUAGUCCUUUUUCAUAUAACACAAGGACUAUGCCGAUAUAUGACAGUGAAGACUGGGAAGGAAGACUUUAGAACCAUAAUCAAGGAUGCCCAUCCAAAGCUCAAGAAGCAACAUAAAUGA